AUGGCAGCUUCAGAAACAACCGAGUCUCAGUCUCAAUGGAACACGGAGGUGGAGGUACCGGAGUAUAGCAUGCAAGAGAUUGCUGCGCAUAAUACCAAGGGCGACUUAUGGAUUGUGAUUCACGGACAAGUAUUCGAUAUCACUAAAUAUGCGCAAGAUCACCCUGGUGGUGCGGAAGUCCUCGUCGAAGUAGCCGGUCAAGAUGCCACAGCGGCCUACGAGGAUGUGGGCCACUCCGAAGAUGCGCGCGAGAUCAUGCAGCCCUAUCUUGUGGGCACACUGAAGGACGCACAGCAAUAUGUGCGUCCCAAAGCCGUGCGAGUGGUGUCGCAAAAAACUCCCGAAGCCCCUAAGCCUUCGUCAUUUAGUAAGCUUGGAGCACUUGCUGGUGUUGUUGGCAGUGCCCUCCCAGUUCUCUAUAUCUACACCCAUGGAAGCGCUCGUCUGUUCCCCGGCAUGGAUGCGAUUUCUCGACUGCUUCCUCGACAACUGAAGAGCCUCCACCUGCCUCAAGGGGGUUUCGUGAACGGAUUCCUUGUCGCGAGUAUCAUUGGCGGCACUAUCGGGUUGAUGGUUGCUCGCCAGGCCAGUCGUUUCACCAAGGUCGAGUCUGGCUUCAUGCGCUACCCGCCGCGGAUCAAGGCCAAGAAGGUCAUUCGCGUGGAUCCGCAUUUGACUCGUGGGUUCCUUGAGCCGCAACAAUACCAAAAACUGCCCCUGGUUGAGAAGGACCAGCUCUCCUCUAAUGUGUUCCGCUUUGUCUUCAAGCUGCCCGAUGCUCAAGGCGUCCUAGGCCUGCCGAUCGGACAGCACGUCGCCAUCAAGGCCGAGGUCGACGGAGCUAUCGUGACGCGGUCUUAUACUCCGACCUCCAAUAACCUCGACCGCGGACGCAUCGAGCUCGUGGUGAAAUGCUAUCCGGACGGCCUCCUCAGCGGGAAGUACCUAGCGGGCCUCUCCAUCGGCGACGAGGUCGAGUUCCGCGGCCCCAAGGGCGCGAUGAAGUAUACUAAGGAUCUCUGCUCUAAGAUUGGCAUGGUCGCCGGCGGUACGGGCAUCACACCGAUGUACCAGCUCAUCCGGGCGAUCUGCGAGAAUGAGACCGACACGACCGAGAUCAGCCUGAUCUACGCGAACCGCUCGGAGGCGGACAUCCUGCUGCGAACAGAGCUGGAGACCUUUGCGCGGCGUUACCCGAAGAACUUCAAGCUGUGGUACAUGCUUGACUCGGCGCCCGAGGACUGGGCCUACGGGACUGGGUAUGUGGAUCAGACGGUGCUGCGCGCGCACCUGCCGGGGCCAGGACCGGACACCAAGAUCAUGCUGUGUGGGCCGCCCGGCAUGGUGAGCGCGACGAAGAAGAACUUGGCCGCGCUCGGUUUCCAGAAGCCCGGGUCGGUAUCGAAGCUGAGCGACGAGGUGUUUUGCUUCUAA